UGAACGGUCCGGCGGGACCAAAGGAACCAAACCACACACUCGGAACCCGGCGCUUUGACAAAUUUCACUAUAAAUUGAAACCUUGGGCGAAAUUUUCGCGCAUAGUUGGGUGGACCUUCGUAACGGGAGCGCGAUUUGGAUUAAGACAAUACGACGGAGUUGUAAAUGGUUAUUGUCCUUCUUAAUGCAUUAUCGAGUGUAAUCCUCAGACUGAUAAGUGGAAGAAUAACGCAAAAGUUUUUGGUAUUUGAGUGAAAAGAACAGUCGAGUGAUCUUGAAAUAAAAAUCAUGUUUCGUGUGGGGCUGUGCAUCGUGACAAUUGUGAUAGGACUGUGUCAAGCAAGGACCGUGCCAAAUCGUACGAAGCAAGUGAAAGCAUACUCGUACGUUUUACCCGCCGGAGCCGAAGAAAUACGUGAUGACAUUAACCAUUCAUUUCUCUGUGCGAAUCGAACCGACGGAUUCUACGUUGACAUUGAUAAUGACUGUCAGAUUUUUCACCGAUGCCAGGACCGAGCCCGUUUCAGUUUCAUUUGUGCUGAGAAGACCGUCUUCAGCCAAAUGUAUCAAACCUGCGUGCACGAAGGCCAGCUAGGAUACCCUUGCGAAGAUUCGGCCAUGUUCUUCGACUCAGACGACGACGACGCCGCCGCAGCAACGGAUGCCAAACCGAUGUCAAUCGACAAAAACGUCGACAACGCCAUUGACGAAGGCAAUGAAACGGAAGACAUGCCGCAACAAAUGGUUCCAGCAGCGAUGAUGCCAGCCCAGGAUCUGAUGCCACCGAUGGAAGAUGGUAAUGCAUUGGAGGACGAAAAGGUUGUUGGCAUGGUGAUGAUGCCAGUUAGUGACGAUUACAUGCACCGAUUUGACCAUGAGCAGCUUAGUGCCGACUUGUUCGACCCCGUUGAGGAAGAUGAUAAAACAGAAAACACCGCUCAGGAGGUUGUUGAUGAACAAUACGGUGACGAUACGCAUGUGAACUCAGCUCUGCAAGAUGAUAGUACUCAAGAAGUGGAGGUCAAUGAUGUUAGUAACGAGUUGGAAACAGCACCAGAAGCCAACGAAUUAGAACAAAUCGCAACAGAAGCUGAACAAGUCAAUAUGGAAGCCGAACAAAGCGAAACGAAUGUUCAAUCGGAGCUUAAGAACGAUGUGCAGAUCGUGGAAGAACAAGAACCGAUAGUCAAGGCACAGGAAAAUGAGCAGAGUCAUAUCGAGGAGCACACAAAUGUUGAAAUCAGCAGUGACGAUCAUAACCCAGAACUGAAUCAAAUUGAUAGUGACCAUGUAGAAGAACAAAUUACAGAAUCAUCGAUUCAAGAUGAAGUUAUCACAAAGAAUGAGCAGCCUUCGACAGACUCUGAAUCCUCGAAUGCAGAAUCCUUACAAGCGUUAAAGGAAGAAAACGAUGAAGAACAAAAUCAACUAGACUUUAACCCAAGUGCUCCAUUGGCGGACGAAUCAAACUCGACUAGUCUUGCCCAACCAAUCGACGAAGCCGAAUCUGUACAUUACCCAGACUGGCCAGAAUUUAUCGUUUCGACUGUGGCAAAUCUUAGGAAAGACAGUCAACCAUCGUCUAUAGAACCAGUGGCCGUAGUGGUUCCACAGAGACGGAGGAAAACUUUCCUCUUCAAAGCCGAUGCCAAUUCGGCACGGAAACAGCGAAACCGGACCUAGCUGAACCUAAUUCCUGUGGAAUAGCAUAUUCUAAUACCUCUUCAUCAUCUUCACCUGCCCCCUUUCAUCCCCCAGAAGUUUGAAACGUUGACGU